AUGUCUCUCGGGACGUUCGUCCUCAUGCGCGACCACUGCACUGACCGCCAUCCGUCGGAGGCGAGCAAGUCUAUCGCUAUUGUAGGAGGUGGGAGCGGCGGCCUCGCCGCACUGAAGACGAUCCUGGACGUCGCAAAUGACAUCAACGAAAACUGGGAGGUCGUGCUCUUCGAACAGCAUCGGGGCCUGGGCGGCGUAUGGCUUCCUGACCCUCCAGGAUACGAGCCCGAACCUCCGGAGCUUCCGGAAUCACCAACCUACCCGCUGCUGCACGUUAAUACGCCCCACCCAACCAUGACUUAUCCCCACAUACCGUUCCCGCCAGGCACCAACCUCUACCCGGGAUGGGACGCGAUGCGCCGGUAUCACGAAGACUUCGCGACUCAGUUCGACUUGUGGCCUCAUGUCAAACUCAAUCACACCGUCGUCUCCACGCAGUGGCACGGGCACGGUGAUUUUGGCGAUUGGCAUGUCGAAGUGCAUUCUCCUCCGGUAGACGGCAGCCCUGAAGACGUGGUACUGAAGCGCACCUUCGACCACCUCGUGAUCGCGAACGGCCAUAACCACUAUCCGCAUGUCCCGGAAUGGAACGGGACGGACGACUGGCUUGCGUACCCGCGCCCUGGUCUCCCAGAGCGGCAGCUCCUGCAUUCGAUAUACUACCGCGAUCCGGAGAGCUACCGGAACCAGACAGUCGUUAUCGUCGGCACAGGCGCGAGUGGGCGGGACAUCGCUCUACAAGUGGGCCCUCUGGCGACAGUGUACCAAGUGGUCAGAGAAGGCAAGGAAACCACUCCCGGGGCCGACGUGAUCGAGAAGCCGGAGAUCGCGUACUUCACGCCCGACGCCGUCGUGUUCGUCGACGGCUCCAUCGUCGAGUGCGUCGAUACCGUCUUCCUCGCCACCGGCUACGACUUCCGUGUGCCGUUCCUCAGCGCGCCGCACGCGACCACGCUGGUCACCGACCCCGACGCACAAGAGACGUCGUCGACCGCCCAGCAGCUCACAAGCAACCUGCGAUACAUCUACCCGCUCUACCAGCACAUGUUCAGCCUCGCGCCCUCCGUCCCGCCCACCGCGCUCGCGUUCGUCGGGCUGCCCGUGCUCAUCGCGAACUGCCCCUCGGACUAUGCCCAGGGCAUGUUCAUCGCGCACGCGAUCGCGAACUCGUCCCUGCUCCCGCCGCGCGACGAGAUGCUCCAGGACCUCCUCGAGCGCGAGGAGGCGCUCCGCGCGAAGGGCUUCGACCCCUACUUCGUUGGGCACCGCCUGCAGAACGACAACGAGGCGCAGACGUACCAGGACAACCUCGUCGAGUACCUCAAGAAGCAGGGCGCCGUGCCGGACGACGGCAAGCCGUACGUCGAGGGCUGGCGGCGGAAGGGCCGCGAGCACAACUUUUUGAUCCUUCGUGGGUGGAAGCGCAUACAGGCGCAGGGCGAGGAGGCGCGCUGGCUGAGGGGCGUGCGCACGGAGAACCAGUGGGCGGCCUUGCUGGAUAAGAUCGCGGAGUGGCAGAGCAGGUGGGAGGAGGAUCACGGUAUAUCUGAAGAGGUGGUUCCAUUGCGCGACUAUGAGUGGUAGACGGCGUACGUCUUUGUAUGGUUCUCUGGAUGUGGUGUUCGAUUAGGUUUGUAGAAUAUGAUUGACCGACCUUUGGCAGACUGCAUGUUCACAGCAUACGGCGUUGCUGUC